AGACUUUUCGCAAGCUAUGGAGCAGAAGCCAGCAGGAGACCUUUAAGUCGUCGUAGUCGUUCUACAAGACCUCGCAGUAGCUUCACAAGAGUUUUCUGCUGCUUAAGUAGAAUGACACAAAGUGUUGCACCAACAAAGUUUGAAAGGGAGGAACUGGAAGCUACAGGACUUGGAGAGAAAAAGGUUACAUUUUUUGGCGAUGAAAACAAUGCAGAAGAUUUCAAAAACUACAUUCUAACGACAUAUCCAAAACUUGGUGACUGUGGGGGAUUUGAGAUUUUAAAAACAUCAGGCAUGACCCGAUCUAGGAAUCUGGUGGUGUUGCCUUGCCCAAACACAGGGUACACAAUUAAGGCUCUAAAAGAAAAUAUGGGACAUGCUGUCAUCUACAUACGUCCUAUGCAAAAAGACAUAGAACUGUCCAGUUCUGUUGUCUGUGAAUCUCCCAUGCUUGGGCCAAUGGAGAGAUGUCUUACCUGUGAAAAACAGUUCAAUUUCAAUGAACUUAAGGUUCACAUUGAGAGCUGCAGGCCUAGGACUGAAUGUUCCAAUCACCUGCCACCAACAUUAGAGAACGAACACCUAAAUGCACAGACUUCAGACAGUGAUUCACUCAUCAACCAGUCUCCCACUGAGGAAAAUACUGACCAGCUGUUCAUCGAUUUAACAGAUGAAAAAACGGACAUGGAAUCUUUAAGUGAAUGGCGGAGGAUGCGUGAGGAGCAGGAUGAUGAAUAUAAUCAGUCUUUGAUAGCAGAUCAAGCCAAAGAACUGCAGAAGAUGAAUAGCGAAGAAUCUGAGAAUAGACGCAGAAAGGCUAUUGAUGAGAGACGAGCGCAAAUCGCAAGUUUACCUGAACUUGCUCAUGGUGUGCCACUAAAAGUAAAAUAUCCAAGCGGCUUAAUGAGGACCAGGAAAUUUGUUUUAAGUGAAUCAAUUAAGGCACUGUUUGACUUUGUUGGAGAAGUGGAGGACGCUACAGAAUGGUUCCAGAUUCAGGAAGCCUUAUCACCACCUCUUAGAAAUGACCUAUGUGGAACCAUUUUUGAAAGAAAUAUCAGAGGGCCAACCACACUUUUUGUCCAGUGGAUUUCCUCCGAAGACGUAGAGUUUAUGCAGACCAUUCUUGCACCUGAUGGCAAUGACAACCAUAAUAAAGCUGAUUAUAAUUCUGGGACUGUCAGCCCUUUGGAUCAACCUAGCACCUCUAAUGAACACCUGGCAUCGUUCUCCCCUUGUUCAGAGCAGGAAGAGACUGUCCAGAAGACCAACCUUCAAACAAUACUGAGUCUCCUUUCAGCCAAGAUAGAUGAUGACAGUCCCACUAGUAAUCAGAUCAAUGUUGUAAGGGAUUAUAAAGGCAAUACCCACAACAUACUGAGAAGCACUGUUCAGGCUUUUAGUCGGCGACGAUUUAACCUCGGAGCUAGACUGGAUGUGAUUUUUGUUGAUGAUACAAAAGUGGCAGAGGGGGCUGUGGACGGUGGUGGUCCCACUAGAGAGUACCUCAGAUUGCUCCUUAAGGCUGUCCAACAGUCUAGCAUAUUUGUGGGCCCUGAAAAUAGUAAGAGGUUGCGGCUUGACAGUGAAGCUUUGCACAAAGGUCUUUACAGGCAGAUAUCUCAAAUGAUAUCAGUUUGUAUAAUUCAUGGAGGAAUGGGGCCACAUUUCUUUUCAGAAAAGCUCUUUCUCCAAGUUUGUGGUAAACCCACCCGUCCUGCAACCUUGGAUGAAGUAGAUGAUGAGACCUUUAAAGAAAUGCUUUGCAAAAUAAAAGAAGCCGGAACUCUUCCAGAAGCCAAAGCUGCCAUUGAAAUGGCAGAAGAUUGCCUGUCCAUAAUUGGAGCCUUUAGAUCCAUUAGUACUCUUAAGCAGCGGGACAUGCUGGUACAGUCAGCUGUGGAGUAUUAUGUUGAUGGGAGAUGCAAUGUUGCACUGCAACAGUUUGUCGAUGGUUUUAACACCCUUGGACUUCUUCAAGAAAUGCAGACACACACAGAUCUGUUUCGCAUCAUAUUUGUUGAAGACAAAAAACCACUGCGAUCUUCAGACCUGACAUCACUUUUUGAAGUAAACCUGUCAGAUCAAGACACCUAUAAGAGAGAACUAGAGACCAGGACCUUGUGCUUCUGGAGAGACUGGAUCAUUGAUGUUGAAGAUGAAGAAUGUACACCAUUGACGCUGGAGAAUGUGCUGGAGUUUACUUCAGGGUCUUCAACCAUUCCACCCCAUGGCUUUCUGCAGCAGCCCAAAAUCGAAUUUCUUCAUGACGCACCAGAGAAAAUAUUUCCAGAGGCAAACACUUGCAACAUUGUGUUAAAAUUGCCCAUCCAUUACAAUUACGAGUCAUUCAAAAUGCACAUGAGCAAUGGCAUACUGUGGGCACCAACAUUUGGCGUAGCGUAGUUCAACACAUGUGCAUUAAAGGGAUACUCCACUUUGAAAUGAAAAUUCUGUCAUCAUAU